AUGGAGCAGCGAAAGCUUGUGGUUUUGGGUAUUCCAUGGGACGUGGACACUGAGGGCUUGAGGGAAUGCAUGAGCAAGUACGGUGAAUUGGAAGAUUGUAUUGUCAUGAAGGAGCGAUCAACUGGACGAUCUCGUGGAUUUGGAUAUGUUACAUUUGCUUCAGUGGAUGAUGCUACGGAUGUUCUAUCAGGUGAACAUGUUCUUGGCAACAGGAUGCUGGAGGUCAAAGUGGCCACACCAAAGGAGGAGAUGAGAGCACCAGCCAAAAAAGUAACCAGAAUAUUUGUAGCCAGGAUUCCACAAUCAGUAACAGAAGCAUCUUUUAGAAGUCAUUUUGAGAAAUAUGGUGAUAUAACAGAUCUGUACAUGCCAAAGGAUCAAGGAUCAAAAAUGCAUCGUGGAAUUGGUUUUAUCACCUUUGCAAGUGCAGAUUCUGUCGAGAGUUUGAUGGCAGAAACCCACGAACUGGGAGGUUCUACCAUGGUGGUUGAUCGAGCUACACCCAAGGCAAGGGAUGAUGACUUUAAGCCAAUAGGCAGGAUGCCACAGGGAGGGUAUGGUGCAUAUAAUGCUUAUAUUUCUGCAGCAACUACAUAUGUAGCACUUGGUGCUCCUACUUUGUAUGAUCAUCCAGGCCCAGUCUACGGAAGUAAGCAUGGAAGGGGAGAACCAUCUCGUGGAAUUGGUAAGAAGAUUUUUGUUGGCCGACUUCCUCCAGAGGCAACUUCUGAGGAUCUUCAUCAAUAUUUUGGAAGAUUUGGCCGUAUAUUAGAUGUUUAUGUUCCCAGGGAUCCUAAGAGAUCAGGUCAUAGAGGUUUUGGAUUUGUUACUUUUGCCGAAGAUGGUGUAGCAGAUCGUGUCUCACGAAGGCCCCAUGAAAUUUGUGGACAACAGAUAGCAUUAGAUUCAGCCACACCUGUUGAUGAUGCAAGUCCAAGUGGGAAUUUUAUGAUAAAUGGUGUGGGUUCUUUUGGGGGUUAUGGAGGUCCUAUGCGAACUUAUGGGAGGAUGUAUGGUAGCCUGGACUUCGAUGAUUGGGGUUAUGGAAUUCCCAGUGGGAGGCCAUCAAGAGCAGAUUGGAGGUAUAGACCAUACUAG